CCAAGCAGUUGUUCUUCACAGUAUUCAAUGACGAGUGUCGGCUAACCGGUUACUAUAAGAAUUCUCCGUUAUUGUUUAUUUUUUUUGUUUUUUUUUUUGCCAUCGUUAAGUUGUUUUGUGUUGAAUCAAAUGAUUUGUUAAAAAUAUCGAAAUGAGAGAUAACUUUUCAUUAUUUCUAAUUGUUUACUGUUUUACGCAAUGUUUAUUUGCUAAUAUUUAUGCAGCAAAGAUUAAUUCUAAAAAUAAUAGUCUUGGAAUUACGCAAUCAUCUCAACCUGCAGCAAUCGAAAAUAAUGUACCCGACUUUCAUGUAUUUGAUUGGAAAUUAUGCAAAGCCUUGUAUGAUAUCGAAAAUAGUAAUGCCGUGUUGUCCUCAAUAAGUGUUAAGUUAGUGUUAUUAAUGAUAUAUGAAGGAGCACUUGGGGAUACUGCCAAACAAAUUGACCGAAUAGUUGGGUUUUACGGAGAUAAAGAAACAAUCAGGAAAAAGUUUUCUAAGAAAUUGCAGUCUUUACAAAGUUAUGACACAAAUGAUUAUGUUUUGGAUAUUGGUACAAAAUUGUUUUUGGAUAUAACAGCUAAAACAAAAAAAGAGUACAAUGAAAUUCUUAGUACAUGGUAUAAUUCGUCUUUUGAGACUGUUGAUUUCAGCAAACCACUUAACGCAGUUAAAUCUAUUAAUGAAUGGGCAAACAACGUAACUCACGGACACAUACAGGAACUCUUGACAGAAGACCAAACAAAUGAAAAUACAGCUCUUAUAUUGCUGAACGCUAUAUAUUUUCAAGGAUUUUGGACAAAUCCUUUUAUAAAAGAUCUCACUAAAGUGGGAACUUUUAAUUUGAAUUCCAAAACUACUGUUGAAGUUCCGUUGAUGACAACUUAUAAUUAUUUUUCACUUUCAUCUUUACCGACCUUAAAUUCUCGAAUGAUAUGUUUACCAUACGUAGGUGAUAAAUUUGCAAUGUAUAUUAUAUUGCCAGAUUCAGCAGAUGGACUGUCAGAUUUAGUUAGUAAAAUAAAUCCAAACAUUUUAACAAAUGCAAUUAAAUCUAUGAAAUCAGUGAAUGCCAAAGUUGUUUUACCUAAAUUUACGUUUGCGUACACAUCUAUUCUUGGACCUGUUUUACAAAAAUUAGGAAUAACUGAUAUGUUUGGGUCAAAAGCUAAUUUGACAAACAUUGGAACAGGGCGUUUAGGUAGUCUCAUUGUAUCUAACGUAAUUCAAAAAGCCGGUUUGGAUAUUAAUGAACAAGGAAGCACAGCAUAUGCUGCGACAGAAGUAGAACUUGAUACCAGAUUUGGUUCAUCCGUUGAAGCUGAGUUUCAAGUGACGAAGCCGUUUUUAUUUAUGAUUUACGAUACAAAAGCAGAUACCGUUGUUUUCGUUGGACAAGUAGUGAAUCCUCUUUCAAAAGGAUCUCCAAUCGUUACUAUACCUAUUGCAAAACCGACAUCAGAAAAUGUAAAUUUGAAAUUCGGUGCUGAGCCUAAUAAUGCAGAUUUGCAUCGAUUCAAUUACUUUGAUUCUGAGUUAUUUCAGGAAAUAAGCUCUGAUGAAUUGAUGGGUAAUUUUGUCAUUUCUUCUAUCAGCGUAAAAUCAAUAUUAUUGUUACUUUCGGAAGGAGCACAAGGAGAUUCUUUGAAAGAACUUAAUAAUGUUUUAAGGUUACCAAAAGAACAGUCAGCACUGCAUAAUUUACUUCAAAGAAAUCAGUUGUCAAUGAUGAGCUCAUAUUUAGAUAUAUUAUCAGUCAAUAAAAUAUUUGUCAAGAAUAAAAAAGUAUUGCAUGUUUAUUUCAACGAUAUUGCUACGGAUCUUUAUAAAGCAGACAUAGUUGAAAUUAACCCUUCGGCUGUUGAUGAUUCUAUACAUUUCAUAAAUGAUCAAAUAGCUAACGCUACAAAAGGUCUCAUUAAUAGUGUAAUAACUAAAGAUGACUUUAAUGGUGAUACUGAACUACUAUUUGCAAAUAUAUUGUACUUUAAAGGAGACUGGUUAUACCAGUUCAAUGAAAGCGCUACUGAUAACCAAUGUUUUUAUACAAGUCUUAAUUUAUGUACCGAAUGUAGUAUGAUGAAAUUACAAAAUAAUAUUAGAUAUAGUGAAAUUUCGGAUAUUGGAGCUCAGGCUAUUGAAUUACCUUUUAAGGACGAAAAUUUUACCAUGUUCCUAUUAUUGCCUGAUGAAAAUAACAAUCUUUUACAAUUAACCAAAGAUUUACAGCAUAAUCCUUUGACAAGAAUAUUAACAAUGCUUCAUAGCCGAGUAGUACAUUUACAGUUACCCCGUUUUACUGUUAAUUACUAUUCAAAAUUAUCAUCUACUUUAAAAAAAAUGGGGCUAACAACUUUAUUUGAAAAAAAAGCUAAUUUAACAGCUAUAUUAAAUUCUGAAAAGCCAGUUUUUGUGACUGAUAUAAUACACAAGGCUGUAAUUGAAAUUAAUGAAAAAGGAGCUAGAGCAGCUGCAGCUACAGUGGCCUCAGCAGUACCACUGAGCAGUAAACCUCAUUUACCUCCAGUAGCUGUAAAUUUCAAUAGACCUUUUAUGUUUUUCAUUGUAAAUCGUAGUACAAGAAAUAUUUUAUUUAGUGGUCAAGUAAAUUCAAUAAUAUCCGAUGUUUCAAAACGUUUCCAAGAUAUUCCAUUAAUACAAGAGAAAAAAAAUCAAUCGUUGCCAAUAAAAAAUAACUUACCUUUUCAGCCUAUAAGUAGUGUGAAAUAUCAACAACCGUAUUCAAAAAAUAAUCAGAGCAUUAACUAUAAAAAUUAACGUAAUGUGUUUAUCUAAUGAUCUUAUAAUUGUAAACAUUAUAAAAUUUUAUAAAAAUGUCAUGACUACUACUUAUUUUUUUAACAUUUUAUAUUUUAGAAAAAGUAAAAAUAAAUGAUUUUUUAUUUUAUUUGUA